ACGUGCGCCGUACUAUUUACGCUAUUGAUCUAUGGCGUAGAUAUUCGCGCAACGCAGCCGUGCGCGAGCACGGGGGAGGGUGAGUGACGAAAAAUGGCGAUGACCUGUGUACGGGACGUCCGACACAGUGACGAUUGGCGACGGAGAAAAGUGUGACAAUUGUCGCGCGACACGUCGGAUCGCUGCUGCUAAAAAUGUCCCUGCACGUGCAGCCCGUAGUCAGCGUUUUCUCCUGAACCCUGCGACUCUUCAUGGAAGUGUGCGGCUGAGUGGAUCUGCGAGAGAGAAAAAAAAAGAUCAAGAUCAGUGGUUGCGAAACGUCACAGCAGGACGACCCACAUCCAGGCAAGGCGCGACUUCGAACUUAACUUGGGAUAUUUUCCCUUCCACCUGUGGUUCGAUAUCCGCGAUGACCCUCCGAAUACGAGAAUCAUCGCCGUGGAGAAAAUAUUCGUCCUUGCGGUUGGCUGAGCGCCCUUCUCUCGCUUUUAUAGAAAGUGUUGGAUGUAAGGUUAGGCGUUUGACACUUGGUCCGCUCUCAGACGGUUUUCGAAACAGUUACUCACACUUGCGCGCUUCGGUGAUUCUCGCGUGUUAAAUACGGGGGCUGAAUCACUUUCUUUGAAGAUUGAUCCACCGAGUGUCUACAAAUGGAUGGAAAUAGUCGUCUGUUCCUUUGUGUAAAAGACCCUACUCAUUGAAUGUAAAUUAUUUGAGUAGCGUGGAAAGAUUACCGUCGCAGUGAUUAAGAGCGUAAAUAGGAAGGGUAAUGACUGUUCGCAUGUGUUGGAGUACAUUUGUCAUAUUUGGCAAGGUGCCCAUGUAACUGAGAAAUCAUAUGUCGGCUUGUAGACAAAGCGAGCAAGUGGUUUGGUAAAAAUAGAGGGAAGCAUGGAUUUAAAAAUGGAGCAGGAAACGGUGUAUGGCACCCACGAGGACUGCCAUGUCGUCAUGUCGGAAAAGGUGCAAUCGUUGGCAGGGAGUAUAUACCAGGAGUUUGAAAGGAUGAUCGCAAGAUACGACGAGGAUGUUGUCAAAGAACUGAUGCCUUUGCUAGUCAAUGUUUUGGAGUGUUUGGAUAUCGCGUACACGGAAAAUCAGGAACACGAGGUUGAGUUAGAGUUGUUGCGGGAAGAUAACGAACAGCUCGUUACGCAAUACGAAAGGGAGAAGCAACUCAGGAAAACAUCGGAUCAGAAACUGUUGGAAUUGGAAGAUGUUGCCGAAGACGAAAGAAAGGAAUUGUUGUCAAAGAUCGAUAGCUUGGAAUCUGUCCUGCGGAUGCUGGAGCUCAAGACGAAGAAUUCCCAUGACCACGUGGUUCGGUUGGAAGAAAAAGAAUCUGAAUUGAAACGCGAGUACUCUCGGUUACAUGAUCGAUAUACAGAAUUAUUUAAGACUCAUGUAGAUUAUAUGGAGCGAACCAAAAUGUUGGUCGGUAGCACGGAGAGACUGGAAAACACGACUGCCGGUCGUGGUCCAUCCCGAUUGCCAUCUCUCGGUAUGGCCCACAUGUCUCGAAGUUCAGGGCCACUUAGUUACGGGUUCCAAAGUUUAGAGGCCAGUAUAAACGCGGAGGAUAGUCAAGAAGAAUCUGUACCAAAUGCUGCUAGCUUAAGGACUGAAAUGUUGGACAGUAGCAGCGAGGCUGCCAUCGAAACAUCGGAUAAGAGUCAGUUAACCGAUCAACCAGCGCAAGAAAAUAAAACGACUGCCAUCUCUAGACAUGAAAGUCCAGAAACGGAAAUGCCACCACCAGUAAUAACACCAACCUCUCCUUGCGUGGAGAAGGUAGCUACCACCCCGAGUGGUCGAAGUAGAACCGAAAGAGAACAACGUAGUGGUAACACCCUCUACCAGGAGCUUAGUUUUCAGGACGCGGAUGCUUUAGGAGAAAUGGACGAAGGAGCUGACAUAACUGGCAGUUGGGUUCAUCCGGGAGAAUAUGCAUCAUCGGUCAAUGACAACUUUUUCGGCAUGGGCAAAGAAGUCGAGAAUCUGAUCAUGGAGAAUAACGAACUUCUAGCAACAAAGAACGCGUUGAAUAUAGUCAAGGAUGAUCUUAUCGUGAAGGUGGACGAGCUGACAAGCGAACAAGAGAUACUGCGGGAAGAGAUACGGACUCUGCAACAGGCGAGGGAACGUCUUAGGCAGAAAGUGGCGGCCCUGGAGGAGGAGCUGAAGAAGGUGAAGGAAGAGGCCGAGGCUGCCGCCAAGGCGACGAAGAGCGACGACGAAGAGGACGUACCACUGGCCCAGAGGAAGAGGUUCACCAGGGUCGAGAUGGCGAGGGUGCUAAUGGAGAGGAAUCAGUACAAAGAGAGGUUCAUGGAGCUCCAGGAGGCCGUUCGAUGGACGGAAAUGAUCAGGGCCUCGAAAACCGACCCGUCCACUAUAUCGGGUGGGAAACUCUCGCUCUGGAAAAUUUUUAGCAACCUCUUCACGGGCUCGACGGACCGAGGAGGAUUAGUACGAGGGCCGCAUUCUUCACCUCACAUCCGAUAUAGUGCACCGACGAAUCAGGUCGUCCCGGCACCCGUUAUGGACAGCAUGCGUAGACGUACGUUGAAAAGUCGCCACGACUUUCUCGACCAGGGAGACACCAUGUCCUCGGAGAAGCUCGUAGCUAGAAGAGCGACCGAACGAAGGGAGCAGUACAGACAAGUAAGGGCACACGUCAGGAAGGAGGAUGGACGUCUUCAAGCUUACGGGUGGAGUUUGCCAGGAAAACCCAGUGCCCCUGCUAGACAGCCUGUUCCAGUUCCGGUGUACUGUCGUCCCCUCCAGGAAACGGAAGCAGGGAUGAAGAUAUGGUGCGGCGCCGGGGUGAACAUGAGCGGAGGGAAAACCAGAGAUGGAGGGUGCAUGGUCGGUGGCAGCGUCUUUUAUGCAGCCGAGGCACGAGAAUGCACCGCCUCGAAGACGGAAGCGGAGGAUGCCGUCGAGCACCUUGACAAAGAGCUCCACGAGAACGAGCAACAUCGUCUAGAGGCCGAGCGACUGGACCAGCAGCUCAGUUCCCUGGUUUGGAUAUGCACGUCCACGCAGAAGAUGUCCAAGGUCACCGUGAUAGACGCCAACAAUCCUGCGGAUGUCCUCGAGGUCUUCAACGUCUGCCAGAGCCACCUGCUCUGCAUCGCAAGCGUCCCUGGAGCCAAGGAGAGCGAUUACAUUCAGAAUUCACACGACGAGGUGGUCGGCAUUUCGGCCAAUGGCAACGGCAAGGAGAACAGCGUUGUCCAGGACGAAGAGUCGACUUCGACGAAUCUUGUAGCUGGCGAUGCCUCUGAAAACUGCCAGGAUGACAAAUCCAAGUCCGAGGACAAGAACGAGAACUCCUUUGCCGAAGACCGGACGAACGAGACCUCCGAGAGGGCCACUGACACCGAUCCGAACUCCAACACCGAGCCUCAGAGUCUGGAGAGUGUCGACAGCGAGACUGCGAAUCUGGGGAAGGUGCAAUUCGUCAAGUCCAUUCCGGAAUCGCUGUCAGUCAGGGCGAACGGUACCGAGCUCGAGGUCGAGGGCAGCGACGUCGAGGAGGAGACUCCCAUCGAGAAGAUGUCUUCGAUUCAGCCGACCAUGUGGCUGGGUGCACAAAACGGUGCGGUGUUCGUCCAUUCCGCCGUGGCAAAGUGGUCCGUUUGUCUUCAUACCGUCAGACUGAGAGAUGCUGCUCUAGCGAUCGUUCACGUGCAAGGCCGGGUCUUCGUGGCCCUCGCAGACGGCACCGUCGCGAUAUUCAGGAGAGGCUCCGAUGGCCAGUGGGACCUUUCCCAGCAUCACAUCGUCAUCCUGGGAAGUCCUCAGCAUUCCAUUAGAUGUAUGGCGUCGGUGUCUGGGAAGACGGUGUGGUGCGGCUAUAGGAAUAAGAUUCACGUCAUAGACCCACUUACAAUGACGUUGGAGUGCACGGUCGAUGCACAUCCUCGCCGCGAGUCCCAAGUGCGGCAGCUCGCCUGGCUAGGAGAAGGCGUCUGGGUCAGCAUCAGGUUAGACUCUACCCUGAGGCUCUACCAUGCUCACACCUACCAACAUCUUCAGGACGUCGACAUCGAACCCUACGUCAGCAAGAUGCUGGGCACUGGGAAGCUUGGAUUCUCGUUUGUCCGCAUCACCGCUCUGCUGAUAUCCUCGAAUAGGCUGUGGAUCGGCACGGGAAACGGCGUGAUCAUCUCGGUGCCAUUGUCUGAAAGCGCCGGUGGGUCCAUGGCCGUGUCCAGAGUGCAAGUUGGAGGUCCUAAGGGAGAUGCACCAGGCAUCGGAGUUAGGGUCUUCGGCACCGACAGAGGUGUCACCCCGGGUAGCUUCGUUCCUUACUGCAGCAUGGCACAUGCCCAGCUGAGCUUUCACGGACACAGGGAUGCCGUGAAGAUGUUCGUCGCCGUGCCAGGUCAUGGUGGUCAGAGCGCAGCUUCGGACGGGUCACAGCCCGCCAUGCUCGUCUUAUCGGGCGGCGAAGGCUACAUCGAUUUCAGAAUCGGUGACGGAGACGACACGGAGGAGGGCAUGGAGCGGUCCGCCGUGGCACCUGGAGGACCCAGCAUCGAGGAACAGGGCGAACAGAGUCACCUGAUAGUCUGGCAGGUCCAAUGUCCGUUUCCUGCACCCUCGACUACCUAACUCCUGGUCGGGACUGGGCUGAGCUUUCCUGGGUACACGGCCUACCUCGGCGAGGCCGCAGGUCGCCGUCCGGGUCUUCCCCCUGGGCCAGGUGGUCGACAGCCAGGUGGAGAUGAGCCGGCGGGUCGUCAUUAGCGUGCUACCUAGAUAAAACAGAUCACUUAGAACGUACUAUUGUCACGCGGAGGUGAGUUAUCCGCUUACAGGGUCGGCUAAUCGACGACCGACUAACGCACCAGCUCCUCGGACGCGCCGAGAGCGAGGAGAGGGCAUUUUUACCGCGCCGAGGAAAUAAUUUGCUGACGCUACAUGGAGGCAGCAAUUGGCAGAGGCGAUUGCGAAGCUUGAUACUGGAAUCGCGAUUUUUAACUAGAGAAAUAACUCCCGAAUCGUGCUUCGAGAACGCCAUUUUUCGAGGGAAUCGUUGUCUCAACCCGCGUUAUGAAAACGAUUCCCUGGAGAAGGUGGCGUAGGGUGCUUCUCGAAGGUCCUUCCUGACACUGUGACUCGGUUCUUUUCUUAUGUGCGAACGGCAGAACCGUAGAAAUGAUUUUCGACUACGUGGCUGGCUUGACGAAUUUUUCUAAAUCUCACGAACAUAUAUAUAUACAUAUGCAUAGACGUACAAGGUUUUUAUCGGUUUCGCGAUUUAUCCUGGGUCGAGGUAGGUACUCGGUAAUGAAAUCGGCACUCGAACUCCUCUGUACCGAGAACGGUAGGGAAAGGCUGUACCGGUACGAUUGACUCUACGUAUGGAGGAUUUCUUCUUCUUUUUUCCUCUCCACCUCCGUGAAAUCAGGACUCCGGCUAACUCUCGCUUGUCUCGUCCCCGCGUUAUACCUGAGCUAUCGUAGACGUUAAGCGGUAACCUUGUCUGAAUGAUACAUAUAAAUUAUAUAUAAAUUAUAUAAAUAUAUAAAUAUAUAUAGAAGUAUAUAUAUGAACUUAAUUUAUAUCGCGUCGCGACCGGCGAAGGAGUCGAGAGGCGUUAAAACGUCCUCGGCAAAGACCCUGAAGAGAUCCGCGACUUCGAGUCGAGGACCUAUCUACGCCGACGCUAAUUCCAGCUCGAUUUUUGCUUUUCAACUGGAAGACGGGGAAAAAGAAAUCUCUAGGUCGUUUGCGAACACGUCGAGCUCUUCUCGCCGGGUCGCGUUUUAUUUAUCAGGGAUAUUCCACUAUCUGGCAGUUAGGGAUAACUCGAUUCAUGGUACCUUCGGGAUUAACGAGGCACUUAUGGUUUCGGACUUAUCGGGUCGAUUUUAAAAGCAAUUAGCCGGCUAAUUUCCAGAUAGUGGAAAAUCCCUCUUGGGCGUGCCGUGGAAAUCCAAGGGAGAACCGAGGAGGCUCUCUUAUCGGGAACGAUGUACGUAUCGCGGAAGGUGGAGGUCCUGAUUUAUUGACAUUUAAUGACCGCCAAUACCAGGGUCUUGAUAGAUGUUAAUUAAUGUUAACCGUCGCUUCCAUGGCACGCCUAGAUUUUAUUCCGUUUAACCGGAGAGCACGUCGAUCGAUUCGGUGCUUGCCAAAACGCCAAGACUACUUCAUCUCGACUCCGAGAUUGAAGUAAUUAAGUAACCGAGCACAAAGAACGUAGAUCUUAAUGUAACAAUGUCCACGGCACCCGUGCACACGAGGUGCGAUAAUGUGUAAAUAAUAAUUGCGUAGCGGCUCGAUCGAUCCUCGACGACGACGCAGAAGCGCGAGCAUCGUCGAGGGGUUUCCUACUUAGCUUCUCUCGUUUUUCAUUUCUCCCUCGAUCAUCUCCUACCAAAGAUAAGGAUCGAUUGCAUUGUUUGUAUUACUUGUAACGAGGAUAUACGGCUAGCCUGCGAAUAAGGGCCGACACCUCGAUGGGUGCGCCCAAGUGUCGAGCGGUGGUCUCUGGCUCGGGGGAAAUAGCUGAAGAAUUAACAGGCAGCAUUAAUAAAAGCAGUUGCGAAGGAAA